AUGAAAUCAUCAUCAAUUUUUGCAUUAUUUGCAUACAUCAGUAUAUCAGCCGUAAAAACUCAUGCAUGGGGUAAUGAAGGACACAUUACCGUUGGUAAUAUUGCCCAAAACAUACUCACGCCCGAAGUUGCGGGAAGGGUAAAGCAAAUUUUCCAAGAUCCAUCAUUUAAUGGAAAACUUGGUCCUGCCUCGAUUUGGGCCGAUGAAGUUAAACAUAAAAAAGGAGAAUACUUUGGAUGGAGUGCACCAUUGCAUUUUUUGGAUACGAACGAUGACCCAGGAAAGAGUUGCUCAGUCGAUAAGAACAAAGAUUGUCCGGAUGGUAAUUGUAUUGUUGGCGCCAUUGCGAAUUACACGGAACAACUUAAUUGUGCGAAUGGUGGUAGUGUUAAAACUCGGGAUGUUGCACUUCGAUUUUUAACCCACUUUUUUGGCGACAUAACUCAACCACUUCAUGUCUGUGGUCGCGAGCUUGGAGGAAAUAAACAUAAGAUUACGUUCAAUGGAAAGACGAAUAAUCUCCAUUCAAUAUGGGAUACAGAGAUGGUAGUCAAACGUAUCGGAGACUUUGGAAACGAUGUACAAAAAUACGCAGAUUUUCUCACAAACGAAAUAAAAACAGGUUCGUAUGAACAAAACUCGACAGAUUGGAUUGCAUGUGAUUCCACAAAAAGACGUAGAUCUCUUUUCGACAAUGGCUCAUUGCAAAGACGAGCAGAAGCCGAGAGUACAAGGUGUCCUUUUGUCUGGGCGACUGAUACCAACAGUAUUAAUUGUGGGGUCGUUUGGGAUUAUGUGGAUGCUAAUUCUGAUGCUGAUUUAUCGGAUGAAUAUUAUAAUCAAGUUCACCCGAUUAUUGAUAUGCAACUUGCUAAGGGGGGAUAUAGACUAGGUGUAUUUUUGAACAAUCUUUUGGGUGAUA